AUGUUCUCGCUGACACCAACUUGGAGUACUCAAUGGCAACAAUUGCCAAAUGAUAUUCCUGAAACGAAGGGCCUGUUCGAGAUGAUAGCGGGCGGGCCUGACAUGAUACCGAAUAUGGACUGGGAUCUUUACAGCCUGAUGUCGGCGACCCAGGAUCAGCCGUUCCCGGGCUAUUUCUUCCUCCAUGUCAGUUCCGUGGAGCAAGCUACCUUUGUGAGAUUCGUCCCGGUCCGACUAUCCAACAUAACAUGGUUCUUGUAUGCAAUGCGGGAUUCAUACCGCCCAGAUUGCAACGAGAGCGAAGUGGAUCCCGAUAUAUGGCAAACCUUGGUGGACAGGUUUUGGGACCAAAUAAUGAAAGGAACCGCGCAUGUUGUCGUCGUU